AUGACGGCCGCCGCAGAACCUAAGGCUGCCGCCGGCCUGAAGCGCGAAAUGGGCCUCAUGUCGGCGAUUAACGUGAUCAUCAGCGUUAUGAUUGGGUCCGGUAUCUUCGUGUCUCCAACGGCCGCCCUACGCUAUUCCGGCAGUGUCGGAUUCUGCCUGGUCGUGUGGACCGUUUGUGGUGGAAUCUCGCUUCUGGGGGCACUUUGUUUUGCAGAGCUGGGCACGGUUGUGCCUCGGUCCGGUGCUGAGUAUGCUUAUCUUAUUGAGGCGUUUAAAAAAUCCCACUCCUUCUGGGGUCCGCUGCCUUCGUUCAUAUGCGCGUGGGUAUAUGUGAUGAUACUUCGACCAGCAGAAAUAGCCGUCAUCAUAUUGACGUUUGCCGAGUACUCGAUACUGCCAUUCCGCCAUCUACUUGGGCUGGAGUAUAUGCCGGCCGAGGAUUUGCAUCUGCUGAUCAAGCUGAUAGGCAUCUUAGGAUUAGGGAUUAUCACCUACAUCAAUCUCAGUAGUGUGAAACUGUACGUCACCAUCAACAACGUGUUCGGGUUUUGCAAGGUGUUCGCCUGUCUGGUGGUCAUCUUUGGCGGCAUCUAUCAGCUUGCGAUUGGUAAUACGGAAAAUUUGGCCGGUGGUUUUCAAGGGACUAACACCAGCCCCGGUCACAUUGCACUUGCCUUUUACAAUGGACUGUGGGCGUACGAUGGCUGGUCAAGCGUUACGACCAUCACGGAGGAGAUAAAAAAACCGGAGGUAAACAUUCCACGCUCAAUCAUAAUCGCCGUACCGAUCAUUACCGGACUAUACGUGUUCAUGAACCUGGCCUACAUGACCGUGCUGUCGAUGGGUGAGAUGAUCGCCUCGGAAGCGGUUGGUAUCGAUUUCGGCGAUCGUGCACUCGGUUCGUUUUCGUUUCUCAUUCCACUGGGAGUUGCGCUCGCCACGUUCGGAUGCGCACUCAGCAUUCAGUUUGGCGUAACGCGCCUCUGCUACGUUGCCAGCCAGGAGGGCCAAAUGUUGGAGCCUCUUUCGUACAUUCACGUGCGUCGUUCAACUCCUGCACCAGCUGUCGCAAUGCAGGGCGUGCUGGCGCUUGCCUUCAUACUGGUCGGCAACAUCGAAACGCUGAUCGAGUUCGCAUCGUUCCUGAUCUGGUUCUUCUAUGGUGCGGCGGUCGUGGCACUGUUAGCUCUUCGUCGUACCCAGCCCGAUGUACAUCGGCCGUACAAGGUGCCCCUGAUCGUGCCAUACAUUACGCUGGCCGUGUCCAUCUUCCUGUCGAUUGUGCCAGUUAUUAGUGAUCCUUCACCGAAGUAUCUGUUCGCCGUUGGGUUCAUCCUGAGCGGAGUGUUGGUGUACACGCCGUUUGUGUACUACAAAGUUCGGCCUCGAUGGAUUAAUAAGCUCACCUUUAUGAUACAAGUGCUCUUCGAAGUUGUUCCAUCAUCUAGCAAAUUAGAUUAACCAGCACUGGAUUGGUUUAUAUUAAAUAAAAAAGUUACUA